UUGGAUAAAAGCGUCUGCUAAAUGAAUAAAUGUAAAUGUAAAUGUAAACUCACGCUCAGCUUGAAGUGAAAAAAAUAAGAUGAGAUGAUGGAAAAUAUUUGAGGAAAUGGCAAGAGCUUAAUGGGCCAGUGCUUGAUGUUGAAUUCCAUAGUCUAAUGUGUCUCAUUGAGUCAAAAAACCAAGUACUGUACACAUGCCAGGAAAAAAGUCCAUGACUUCAGGUCAACAAGAGGACCUGCUGAGAAAAAAACUACAAAAGGUGUAGUCAAAUACUAAGUGCUACAAUGUUUUUACCUUUUUUAUGAGUUUUUUUUUUAAGUUUCUCUACUGUAGUUACUGCAUUACCUCUUUAAUGUACUGUUGGUGUUCUUUUCAAACACAUAUCCCCUGUCCAAUCCACUCUUCUCUUGCUCCUUCUCCCCUCUCUCUCUCUCUCUCUCUCUCUUUCUCUCUUUCACACACACACACACUCACUCUCUUUCACACACACACAAACACACACACACACACACACACACAACCUGGUGCCUUGUCCUACUUCCCAGCAUUUCUCUGCUGUACCCCCUCAGUCAAAAGGGUCGAUUCAUGGGUUGACAUCGCUCCGAGUGCAGACAGGACUUGGGAGCAGAAUGUUUGGCCAAUAACUUGAUCUGCUUACAGUAAAGAAACAAGCCACCAAAAAAUUAUUACAGAGGGAAAAUAAGAAGUGGCCUCCUAUCCUAACCUCAAGUAUCCACUGCAACUAAUAUAUGGUGUCAAAUAAAUAGAUAAAAACAAAGAACAAAGUAUUGUAAGGUGUUGGGCAAGAGCAGAUUCACUUCCAUUUACUGGUGUAUUUCUUACAGACCUUAAUACAUGUCCUGAUCAAGAAUUGAGGUCAACUAGGCCUGCUCAUCUUUGUAUACAUGCCACAGAGCAUGAUAGGAUGGGUAUUGCUUAUGCAAUUGUAAUAUGUAGUAGUAUGGAGCCAUCUGCACUCAUUUUUUGAUUUGUUUAUUCAAGUUUUUCCUUGCAGUCUUACAUUAUGUGGCUUAAUUACAAUGGGAUUUUAGGUAUCUUUCAGACAUUUUUUAAGUAGUCAAAGUUUCUUUAACACAGUUGAAAGUGUGCAUACUUUGUACACUUUGAGCUUCAAAUGAACACUUUGGCCAAUCUUCCCUGACCUUCCUACAGCUGGCCACAACCUUGAAUGAAAAAAGUUUGAGUGAGCUUUUCAACUGAAGUUCCACAGAUGAUGUGGUUGAUAGUGGUUUGUGUUUAGAGUAUGUCCCAGUGAAACCCCUAUGUGAGUCUUUCAAGACCGAUCUUAUCUCUCUAUCCUUAGUUAGAUGGAAAUUCCAGACUGUCUCUUACACACACACAACCCGUCUUUCCCAUGAGGGUUAACUUAACGACAAACAGGCCAGUGACACCGUGUUUACUGUGAGUUACAGGUCUAGACUGAGAUAGCAGGGCCCUCCUAAGAGUUUCCAGCUGACAUUUCCAUUUCCAAAAAAAGGUUGAUUGCCGUGAUUUGGAGGGGAAUGUAAACUGAUCAAAUGAUAAAAGGACACAGGCUAAAGAGGGAGGAGAGGAGACUCCCACAGAGCAGAUACGAGGCAAAGAGAAGGUGACAUCCCAUCAUUUCCUGGUCUCCAGGCUGCCCUUGUCGUGAGGCGUUCCUGAUAUGACCCUGUUUAAGAGUGAGCACCGCAGUCAACGAUACAUGAGCAUGAGUGGCGAACUGAAGACAGGAUGUUACAGGACAUCGAGCAAGAGACCCAGCAACACUCUCUAUGGGUCUGAGUACGAUCUAGACUAUGACUCCUACCAGGAGGACUACUAUGACAGAGUAUAUGACUACCAGCGUGUUCCAGCCUCAAUGCCUCCCCUGGGACAGGGCCCCAGUGAGGCUAAGCGGCCCCGAUCUUCAUCCACCUCCUCUAGGCACAGGCACAGCCGAGACAGGCCCCUGUCCAAGAGUUUCAGAGCUCACAACACAGGCUCCAUUAGGGCCAAGUUGAAGAUGAAUGAGCUGCAGGUGAUAAAGAAGGAGCUGACGCUGAUAAAGACCCAGAUAGAUGGGCUGCUGCACAGCCUGGACAGGAUGGACUCACAGAACAGGGACCACACCGGGUCUCCCUUGAGAGAGGACAGUCUAGCGGGAUCCCCGUAUCCCCCCUCAGCCAGCAGCCCCAGCUCCCUCUCCCUCUCUCCCUCCUCCCCCCGGAGCCCCCGCCACCGUGCCCAGAGAGAGAGCCCUGAACUGGGGGAGGCCAGUGACGAUUAUCACCACACGAUAAACAAGCAGAGCUCUGGUCCUGAGGAUGAGAUGUGAGGAAGGACACCGAGCAGGGGGAGUCUCUGAUGUGGAGGAAGACAGCAGCUGUCUUGUAUUAUUUUAGACCACAUGAACUCCUUUGCUAGCUAGCGUUUUUGUAGGCCUACGAUGUAUCCUGGGUACCUGUGAAAUAUGCACACAGACAGAAAUCUACACAUCAACACAUACCUACUGUGUUCACCUGGACCGUCUGAAGACACACUGACCACUCAGUCUCAGUUGUUUCUUUGUCUCCAAUCUCUUCUCUCUCUUCCUCCUAUGUCCUCCCUCUUUUUCUCCUUGGCAGACAUCAGCUCCUUUUUUCAAGCAUUAGAUCCUCUGUUCAUACAAAAUGAAAGAGAGAAAGAGCAGGAGAGAUUAAGAGCUUAUGUGCUGAAGGUAAUUAUCAUAGAAAAUGAACUUGUUGAUAUUCUUGAUUAGUGUUGUAUUCUACACUCGUCAAAAGCGAGAGAUAACAUUGGCCGAUUUUUAAAGAAGGCCAACAAUUGUGUAAAAUUUUUACUCUUCAAAAUAAACAAAUGCAAAGGUUAAAACACACAUACCUUGCCUUCCACACUCCCUUUGUCCCAUCUCUUCUUAAAUGUGUCUGGUGGAAUGUCUGUCACCAAGGAGACGCCUGGACACCUCUGUAAUAUUGUGCUUUAAUGUCUUUCUUUUCUGUUUUUGGUAUGUUUUCUAUCCUGCAUUUUAUUUUAGGGGGAUGUAUUUCAUUCUUUGAAAGAGCCAAGAUAAAAGUCUUGAAAUGUUUUAUUAAAAUGCUAG